CGGGGGUCGGGUUAGGAGGGAGAAAGAAAUCUGUCAGUGAGGCACCGGCCAGUCGGCGAAGAACAUGUCUGCCAGAGGAUGACUGUGAGUUAUCAGUAUGAGGUCGCUUCCUCGACCAGCGGAGGAUUCACCAGGCUUCUCUUCAUGUGGAGAGGAAGCCUGUACAAGCUCAUUUACCGGGAGCUUCUUCUCUUCCUAGUCGCGUUCGGCCUCCUCAGCGCCCUGUACAGAAACGCUUUUACCCUCGAACAAAAAAGAUUGUUCGAGAAGGUAGUGAUUUACUGUGAUACAUUUAUAAAUCUUAUUCCUCUUUCGUUCGUUUUGGGUUUUUAUGUUGCCUACGUAGCGGGAAGAUGGUGGCAGCAAUUUAUGGCUAUCCCCUGGCCAGACAAAGUUAUGCAUUCCUUGGCAUUAUAUGUUGGUGGUAAUGAUGAACAGGGCCGAAUCCUAAGGCGUACCCUGAUGAGAUAUUUAAACCUUUCCCUAGUACUAGUACUUCGCUCGAUUAGUUCCGCUGUCAAAAGGAGAUUCCCAACAAUGGACCACCUCGUUGAAGCUGGGUUCAUGACGCCCCUCGAGCUGGAGAUCUUCUCGGCCGUUCCAAAUGUAGAAUUUAACACUUAUUGGAUACCCUGUACGUGGUUUAUCUGCCUCCUCAAAGAUGCAAAGAAGACCAGCCGGAUUAAUGAUAUGCAGGGCCUGAAAUUAAUAAUGGAGGAAUUUAAUGAAUUUCGAUCCAAAUGUGGCCUGCUCUGGAGUUAUGACUGGAUUUCAAUUCCACUGGUUUAUACACAGGUAGUCACAAUUGCAACUUAUUCAUUUUUUCUCGCUGCACUCGUCGGAAGGCAGUAUGUGGAGGAAGCAAAGAAACAGCUUCAAAUGGAAAUAGAUAUAUAUCUUCCAGUCUUCACGAUUUUGCAGUUCUUCUUUUUCAUGGGUCUUUUGAAGGUUGCAGAACAACUUAUAAAUCCUUUUGGAGACGACGACGAGGAUUUCGAGCUCAACUGGCUCAUCGACCGCCACACAAAAGUCUCUUACCUCGGCGUUGAUACAUUAAUGGCGAAAUCGCCUCCUUUGGUCAAAGACAAGUACUUCGACGAAGUAAACCUCACCCUGCCUUACACAGGAGCUGCUUUCGCCUACAAGAAGAAAACAUACAGAGGAUCUGUUCAUAACAUGCAGGUACCUGAAGACCAGCAGUCAAUGUUCUUACCCGAGAUAGCAGAAGAAGACGAAAAUGAACCGACUCCUUUGAGGCAAACUCCAAAGAAUUCUUACCUAAAUUUAAAUAUGCCAUCAGCCAAUGCACCAGCAGGUAUUUGGCGGCAGAGUGUUAGCAGUAUUACGGGAGAUCGUUUUUCAAAUAUUGAAGAGGGUGUCCCUUCCUUUCCCGAUGGCCAAGAAUCUAAAGUAAAACCAUACUUCUUCAAGAAAAUGGCGAUGAUGCCUAAGCAAGACAAGUUUUUCAACACUUCUGAAAUGAGACAGUGGUCAUCAAACUCAACAAUAGACAGUUUUUGUUCAAUGACAGGUGCGAUGGAGUCAUCUUUUGAGACACCGACCGAAGGAGAUGACAAAAAAGAUACAAAAAGCUUGAGGAGGCCUAGCGGCAGUUCAGGCCAGUGGAAAGGAGUCAGAUGGAAACCAGUUUUAGACGACAGUUGCGGUGACGUCUGGAGUGACAACACCGACAGGCGAUGCUCGGCAUCUUCUACCACACUGUGUUCAUCAUGUAAGAAGACAUUAGAUACACCUUCAGCAGAAAGACGAAAUACUGCACCAUCUGAUCAUAAAUUCCGUUGCCUCGCUUACAAAGAAGGUUGUUCAGCUUAUAAUAAACUAGACAAAUCUUUUACAAAAAGCCUGCCCAACCUUCACAAAACGAACGGUUCCGAUAAAACCGAAGAUUUGGCAGAUAUGGCUGAAAAAGACGAAUAAGGAUCGGUGGCCUUUUAAACAUGGUUGUGUGUCUCAAAGACAUUUUUAUAAUAAUUCAUUUAUUAAUAUAUAGGGGAACAAUAUGCCGGCUCCUUUGAACAGUAUUAAAAACACAUAGUCACUUAUUUAUAUUUAUUAAAGACUGUCUCACGUUCACAAUCACUUGCACAUCGAAUUUAUUUGUACUUGUUUAGGGUUGUUAGGCUCUAAUUCUUGGAGUUCAUAAUUUUCUACGUGAUUAUUAGUACAAUGUAAAUAUAUCUUACGGUUUCGAUGCCAAAUUUACUUUUAAGUUUUGUUGUAUAGCUAGAUAUGAAACUGAUGUGUAAUAUAUUUAUUAUUUAAAAAAGCUAAUUACAUUUUA